ACCAACACCACCCCCCCCCCGACACACACACACAGAGAAGGUUCCCCCAGAGCAGUGACCCUGUCUUUUUGGCCUCUGUCUCCCCAGAAACCAGAGUAGGGUCUGACACACAACAGGUGCUCAAUGAAUGCCUGCUGAAUGGAGGCCACUGACUUCAGCUCAAAGGGACAGCCAGACCCAGAGUGAGAUGACUGAAGAUUCAGAUGUGGACUCCGACACUCACUAGCUUGUGCCCUUGGGCGAGUCGCCUUACCUCCCUGGCCUCCAUUUCCUGACCUGUAACGUGUGUGUUGGGGAGGGAAGAGGGCGUGAUAACAUCUACCACAGUGAGUUACUGUGAGAAUCAAAAGAAAUCUCUGGAAUAACCGUAAAAGAUUAUUCAGAAAGAAGAUAUUACUGUCUUAAGUGGAAAGUCCUGGAAAAAAAGAAGGGGAACUUAUACAGAGACCCACUGGGAGAAGAUCUGCUCUGUCCUUUGAGAAUUCCUCAGGGGCUGUGAGUAUCUGAUGCUCAGCAGAGGAGGGGGCAAAGGAAUUUGGGAGGGAUAUUCCUGGGUAUCCAACACACUAACUAGAAACACAAUCGAGAUUUCCUUUAGCCAAGUAUCUGUUUGUGCCUGUACUUUUCCUCUAGCUCUCUUUUUUCCAACAUUUUUUUCUCCCUCCCUCAUCUCCACCCCCCACCCACUCACCAAGGAAGGAAUUGGCCAGCUCCACCCAGCCGGCCCCCCACAGCUCCGCCCCCAACUUGGCAGGCCAAGAGUUAACAGCUGCACCUGUUGAGGUAUACCUGCUGUCCGCGGCACCUGUACCCGCAGCCAAUCAGCGCCAGCGCUGCCGGGAACCUACCUGUCAGCAAAAUCCCGACACUCAAACCUCAACAUAAAUCAAACACUUCCCUGGGCAGGGAAUGUCUGUGUCAGGCAAGAAUUAGAGACGAGCGGUCAGCAGGGCCUCCGUGCUGAUCACUCGAGCCUGGGAGCCUGGGAGCAGGAAGAUGUCGAAUGAACUUGAUUUCAGGACUGUGCGGCUGCUGAAGAACGACCCAGUCAACUUCCAGAAGUUCCCCUACACUAGCGAGGAUGAGGCCUGGAAGACCUACCUGGAAAACCCCUUGACGGCCGCCACGAAGGCCAUGAUGAGAGUCAAUGGGGACGAUGACAGCGUGGCGGCCCUGAGCUUCCUCUAUGAUUACUACAUGGGCCCCAAGGAGAAGCGGAUACUGUCCUCCAGCACUGGGGGCCGGAACGACCAGGGAAAGAGGUACCACCAUGGCAUGGAAUGUGAGAUGGACCUCGCCCCCCUUGAGAGCCCCACGCAUCUCGUGAAAUUCCUGACAGAGAACGUGUCCGGAAUCCCCGAGUACCCAGACGUGCUCAAGAAGAAUAACCUGAUGAGCUUGGAGGGAGCCGUGCCCACCCUGGGCAAGGCAGCCCUCCUCCCCCCAGGCCCCAGCAAGCUGGAAGCUGGCUCUGUGGACAGCUACCUGCUGCCCACCAGUGAUGUGUAUGAUAACGGCUCCCUCAACUCCUUGUUUGAGAGCAUUCAUGGGGUGCCACCCACACAGCGCUGGCAGCCUGACAGCACCUUCAAAGAUGACCCACAAGAGUCACUGCUCUUCCCAGAUAUCCUGAAAACAUCCCCGGAACCCCCGUGUCCAGAGGACUAUCCCAGCCCCAAGAGUGACUUUGAAUACACGCUGGGCUCCCCCAAAGCCAUCCACAUCAAGUCGGGCGAAUCGCCCAUGGCCUACCUGAACAAGGGCCAGUUCUACCCCGUCACCCUGCGCACCCCCGCGGGCAGCCAAGGCCUUGCCUUGUCCUCCAACAAAGUCAAGAGUGUGGUGAUGGUCGUCUUCGACAAUGAGAAGGUCCCGGUAGAGCAGCUGCGGUUCUGGAAGCACUGGCAUUCCCGGCAGCCCACCGCCAAGCAGCGCGUCAUCGACGUGGCCGACUGCAAAGAAAACUUCAACACCGUGCAGCACAUCGAGGAGGUGGCCUAUAACGCACUGUCCUUCGUGUGGAAUGUCAACGAGGAGGCCAAGGUGUUCAUUGGCGUCAACUGCCUCAGCACAGACUUCUCCUCACAGAAGGGGGUGAAGGGUGUCCCCCUGAACCUGCAGAUCGACACCUAUGACUGUGGCUCCAGCCCUGAGCGCCUGGUGCACCGCGCUGUCUGCCAGAUCAAGAUCUUUUGUGACAAGGGAGCAGAAAGGAAGAUGCGGGACGAUGAGCGGAAGCAGUUCCGGAGGAAGGUCAAGUGCCCAGACUCCAGCAACAAUGGCAUCAAGGGCUGCCUGCUGUCCGGCUUCAGGGGCAAUGAGACCACCUACCUGCGGCCUGAGGCUGACCUGGAGACCCCACCGGUGCUGUUCAUCCCCAAUGUGCACUUCUCCAGCCUGCAGCGCCCUGGAGGGGCAGUGCCCUCGGCAGGACCUGGCAGCUCCAACAGGCUGCCCCUGAAGCGCACCUGCUCGCCCUUCACCGAGGAGUUUGAGCCUCUGCCCUCCAAACAGGCCAAGGAAGACGAUCUGCAGAGAGUUCUGCUGUACGUGCGCAGGGAGACUGAGGAGGUGUUCGAUGCCCUCAUGUUGAAGACUCCGGACCUGAAGGGGCUGAGGAAUGCGAUCUCUGAGAAGUAUGGGUUCCCGGAGGAGAACAUUUACAAAGUCUACAAGAAGUGUAAGCGGGGAAUCCUGGUCAACAUGGACAACAACAUCAUUCAGCAUUACAGCAACCACGUCGCCUUCCUGCUGGACAUGGGGGAGCUUGAUGGGAAGAUUCAGAUCAUCCUGAAGGAGCUCUAAGGCCCGAGUGAGCCAGCGCGCACCCCCUCAGACCCCUGGGGGUAGGCUCCAGGCAAGGAGCCAGCUGGGGAGCGGCCCCCCCACACACAACCUCUCCUCACGCCUCAGUGCCGUUACUUGAAUGCCCUCCCUGAGGGAAGAGGCCCUCCAGUCGCAAGCCUGUGGAUGUCGGGGCCGGGGACAGACCUGGGAGGUGUCCUGAUCCGAACCUCCUCCUCUUGCUUGACUCUGCUCCCUGAACUUCCUGCCAGUGCCCGUCCGGCCAGAGACGGUGUCACCUCGGUUCACAUACCCAACAUGCUGUUUCCUCCUCAGCAGACCGCCCUCUGCAGUCGACCUCCUGCGGCUGCCCCGGCAGACGGCGGAAGCAGAGCCUCUCUCUCAGCGCCGCUUGACUGCUGUCUGGCCCCACUCCUGAUUCUCCCAUCGACUUCAGACCUAUGGUUUCUUGCCCUUUGGUCAGUUAACUUGAAAUCUCUUGAUUUUCAGUGCAAAUAACUUGGACACUCUAGUGGAAACACUCUUCCUCACAGACUUCUUCCGUGCAAGAUGGAAAUAAUGGAGCUGAUCCACUAGAACGAAGUGGCCGCUGUGUAAAUUGACCGUCAUGCCUGCUCCCUGUUGUAUACAUUUCUUAUUUACAAUUUUCAUUUAUGUUAUAUAUAUAUAUAUAAGUAUAUAUUGUAUAUAUAUGCCACAUUUUAUAUUUUUCAUGGAUACAUUUUUAUCAUUUCAAAAAAUGUGUAUUUCACAUUUCUUGGACUAUUUUUUUUAGGUGUUAUUCAAUUAUGCAUUUUAUAUACACAUAUGGUAUUUAGUAAUAAAAUCCCACCUAUGUAUUACUUCAGA